AGCACAGUCUCCGCUUCCAGUACAAUUUCACCUUUGAAUCGAAACUGUUUCUGCCGCCAUGAGUUCCGACCCUGAAAAUGAUCCCCAAAACGCGUCGUCCUCGAGCUCCCAAGAAGCCGAUAAGCCACCGAUCGAACCCAUUCGCCUCCCAACAGUCGAGGAAAUUCGUGGGCAGGACAUUUGGAACAACUGCGCCGUUCGCAGCGUCUCCAGCGGCGUCAUGGGAGGGGGACUAGGAUUGUUCAUGGGUCUGUUCUUAGGUGCACUGGACAAUCCUAUAAUGCAAGAUGAAAUGACUGCCAGGCAACAAAUUGUGUUCCAAGCAAAGCAGAUGGGUCGGAGGAGUUGGAGUUCCUGCAAGACCUUUGCGGUUAUGGGUUUCAUUUUCUCAGCUGCUGAAUGUGUUAUUGAGAAGGCACGGGCGAAGCAUGAUAUUACAAACACAGCAGUUGCUGGAUGUGUAACGGGAGGCACAUUAUCAGCCAGAGGAGGUCCAAAGGCCGCGUGUGCUGGUUGUGCUGGUUUUGCUGCAUUCUCAGUCGUGAUAGAGAAGUUCUUAGAAAGGUACCAUUAACAAGUAGCAGAUUCAUAUGAGGACACAGAGAGUUGUAGCCAAGCAAGAUAUCGUGACUAGCAUCAUUCUUUUUUGCCCCCAACAUGAUCGUUGAUUAAUUUUUCUCUCCUUAGAAGAGGGACCUCGUUGAAAGUGUUAUGUACCUUAAAGAUCUCGUUUUGACUCUACCAUUAGUACAACUUCUCCCUGGCCUGGGGAAAGUUGAGGUGAUCACAUAAAGCUUUGAUAUCUUUACAAACAUUCAUUAGGUAUUACAACAAAGUUGUAUUUUUCAGGGGAAGGAAGGACUCAUUUCCCA